AUGAAGCAAGCGUACUUCUUUCGAUUUACUGCCUCCCUACUUGCCCUAGUGUCAGUGGAUGGUCUCCCAGCAGACCCAUCUGGAACAGAUCAAAGCAAGCCUGGUCAUGAUGCGGUGAAGACAAUGGGAAAACUUCAAGAAUCUAACUGCAAAGGAAACAAAAUUACAUGGAACAAAGGCCAAUCUCCUUGGCAAAAAGUAGCGCUGGCUGAAAGACUCACGCUUUAUCAGAACGUCUGGCAAAGUCAGAAAGUGAAGGAUGGAGGCAAGAGUGAAAUAACCUGUCAGACCUUCACACAAGGUAACUUGGCUUGGCAGGUGGUGUUUGACCUUCCAUCUGCUGAUCAAGACAAGGACCAGGUAAAGGCAUACACCAACGUGGCUUGGGGUGUACCUCAGAUCGAUCAAGGUAGUCAAGCUCAGCCGCUUCAUCUUCAAGUCAAAAACGCCAAAAAAUUCAGUACUACUUGGGACUGGAAACUUACCGACCAAUCGACCGAUCUCGUUGCAGAUGUGUCCUAUGAUAUAUUUUUGUCCACGCAGCCUGACUGUGUCAAGCAAGAGUGUGCCUCAAGAGAGAUUAUGAUCUGGUUAAGCGCAAUUGGUAAAGCACGGCCCGCGGGCCAACGCCAGGCGAUAAAUGGAAACCCGGCUGGCACCAUCAAAAUCAAUGAAAAGUAUGAAUUCCAAGUCUGGCAAGGCAACACCCAAGUUCCGGUGAUUUCAAUUUUCCCUGCUGAAGAUAGCGGCAAAUACACUUCUUUCAGCGGAGACUUGAAAGAACUGCUCAAAAACCUGGGAAGCUUUGGGGUCAGUCAAGACGAGUACUUCGUGAGCGUUGGAGCUGGAAUAGAAAUAUUCAAGGGGCAAGGCAAACUUACCACUUCCAAGUACAGCUUAGAAUUAUUCUAA